AUGGAUUUGAAAUUAAUUUGUGGAGCAAGCGCGACAAAUGCGUCAACAACAGAAGCAGCGACAGUAACCUCUAUGACGAUUAAUAGUAAGAACAAAGCGAUUGAUUUAAAAAUCGACAAUGAUGAUUCGCAACCAACUCAAUCACCAUCUUUGCCACCAUCGGAAUUCGGCAAUGAUAACAAUGUUAUUGCACCGACAUCAGCUUCUCAAUCUCAUUCUCAAUUACAACAAUUUCCAUCGCAACAACUUACCGCUGUUGCUGUUACUUCUCAGCCAUCAUCAUCAUCUAGAUCAUCUACUUCAUCUGCUUCUCCUCCACAAUCACACUUGCAACAAGGACAACUUUUAACUCCUCCACAUAAUAAAGACGAGAAUUCAUUAAUUACUCCCGCAACUCCUUUAUCUGCUGUUUUUCCUGCUCCUCCUCAAUCUCAUAAUCAUCAACAUCAAAACCAUUUACAUUCAUCAUCAUCAUCACCACCAUCAUCACCAUCCCCAUCGUCACCAUCCCCAUCACCAUCCCCGUCAUUAACUCAUUCGCAAUAUCCACAACAUCCAAUUCCACAGCAUCCAUCACACCAUCAACAUCUACAUCCAUACUAUAAUAAUAACAACAAUGAUAAUAAUGGUAAUGGUAGUCAUCAUUAUAAUCCAUCAUUCGAAUAUUAUCAACAAUAUUUGGAAAAAGAAAUGCACCAGAAUCGUCAAACAUUGCUCAGUAUUGAUGGCAAUGGUAAUAGUCAAGAACACAUUUGUCACCGUGAAAUGAACUAUAAUCACCCUGAUGGCAAUAAUAUCAACACAUAUAACAAUAAUAAUCAGGAUUAUUUAAAUAAUAGUAUGUGGCAAAUGUCUUUAAAUAAUUUAAAAAAUUUAGAGGGUCAUAUUUCGGAUUUAAUAAAUAAAACCUUCGAAGUACUCUAUGCUUUAAAUGCCCUGAAAGAUGAGACCAUUCGGAAGGGUCCUAAACGAUUGGCACCCCCGGGAAGAUGUCACUCGUGUAACAUACAAGAAACACCCGAAUGGCGUCGAGGCCCUGAUGGAGCAAGAACUUUAUGUAACGCUUGUGGUUUGCAUUUCGCCAAACUAACAAGAAAACGUUCACAAGCUGCUAUCUUGGAACAUCAAAGAUUCCAAGAAUAUUAUACACGCUAG